AUGAAUGGCGACGAGAACCCAGCCAGCAAGCCCACGCCGGUGCAGGACAUUCAGGGCGAUGGACGCUGGAUGUCCCUGCACCAUAGGUUCGUGGCUGACAGCAAAGAUAAAGAACCCGAAGUCGUCUUCAUCGGGGACUCCUUGGUCCAGCUGAUGCAUCAGUGCGAGAUCUGGCGGGAGCUUUUCUCUCCUCUGCAUGCACUUAACUUUGGCAUUGGCGGUGAUGGCACACAGCAUGUGCUAUGGCGGCUGGAGAAUGGGGAGCUUGAACACAUCCGGCCCAAGAUUGUGGUGGUCUGGGUAGGUACAAACAACCAUGGGCACACAGCAGAGCAGGUGGCUGGCGGCAUCAAGGCCAUCGUACAACUGGUGAAUCAGCGGCAGCCCCAGGCCCGGGUCGUGGUGCUGGGCCUGCUUCCGAGGGGCCAGCACCCUAACCCACUUCGUGAGAAAAACCGGCAGGUGAACGAGCUGGUACGGGCGGCAUUGGCUGGCUGUCCACGGGCCCAUUUCCUGGAUGCUGAUCCUGGUUUCGUGCACUCAGACGGUACCAUCAGCCACCAUGACAUGUAUGAUUACCUGCACCUGAGCCGCCUAGGCUAUACACCUGUCUGCCGGGCCCUGCAUUCCUUGCUUCUGCGCCUGCUGGCCCAAGACCAGGGUCAGGGUGUCCCUCUUCCAGAGCCCACACUCUAA